CCGCCCGCAGCACUCCUCUCGUGGGGCCGGGGAGAAACCCGCUGGCGGGUCUUUGGGACUUCUUAGAUGAUCUCACUUGGCAUCCUCCCACCAAAGUGCAGCAAGACUUUUGGAAUGGCUUCCUCGCCUCCUCCUGUCUUUUGCCGCUGGUAUGAAGUCCAAUCAUGUUCAGACCCAGGUGGAGGUUCCUGCUGACCCAGGCUCUUACCAGCACAUCGUCCUUUACUGUCCUCCUGAGGGUGUCUGGAGCUUCAGUGCUGUGUGCUCUUGGCCUUCACGCCGGGGCACCUGCUGUCCAGGGCUUCCAGUGGACUCUCCGAGGCACUGAUGUAGAAUCUUCCCCAUUCGGUGCACCAAGAGCAGCCUCACGCAGUGUGGGCUGACGUGAAGAGCUGCCAGAUCUAACAGAGCCUGAGCUGAGUCCACACCCUGGAAGCCAAGAACUGAGGGAACAGAUGGAAGAAAGAAAGUCAGCAGGUUUUGGAAAAGAGAAUAAACUGCAAAGGACAAGUCAAUGCUAGAACAGAAAUUGGAUUGGUAAGAUUGAAGAGACACUUCUCACCUGCCUGAAAUGCCCUUCAUUAUCUUCUUCAAGUUGCAAGGGCUCUGGAACAGCCCUUACAGUGCUCCCAGAAAGGGAGCCUUGGGAGGAGCCUGAAUCACGGAUGGAAUUGGACAGUGCAUGGAGAUGGUUGAGCAGGAUGAGGUACCUGGCUCUCCCUGUGGUGCCCCAAAUGUCAGCAUGGUGGCAUCUGGCAGGACGUGUUCCAGGAAGGCCACAGAGAUGAACUUUCCAGAUACCAUCGAGAAUUCCUACUCCCAGCAGGAAGAGACCAAACGGAAUAUCAGAGCCAGCAAAAAUAGACUUCUUAUGAGCCAGAUGGCCUACUUCCUGAACUACCAGCUAAAGACAUACAAAGAUUGAAAAGAUCACGAUGAAGAACAGAAAUGCAGAGACAGCAAAAAUAAACUUCUUAUGAGUCAAGUGGCCUACUACCUGGGCUGCCGGCUGAAGACGGAAGUCCCUGGCUUUUUGUGUUCUGCCCCAAAUGUCAGCAUAGUGGCAUCUGACAGGCCUUCUUCCAGAACAAACGCAGAGGUGAACAUUCCAGAAGGCAUUCAGAAAUCCUGCUCCCAGCAGGAAGAAAACAAACCGACUCUCGGAGCCAGCAGAAAUAGACUUCUUAUGAGCCAAGGGGCCUACUUCCUGAACUACCGGCUGAAGACAUACAAAGAUCGAAAAGAUCACAAUGAAGAACAGAAAUGCAGAGACAGCAAAAAUAAACUUCUUAUGAGUGAAGUGGCCUACUACCGGGGCUGCCGGCUGAAGACGGAAGUCCCUGGCUUUCUGUGUUCUACCCCAAACAUCAGCAAGGUGGCAUCUUACAGGACUCUUUCCAGAAAAAACACAGAGUUGAACGUUCCAGAAGGCAUUGAGAAAUCCUGCUCCGAACAGGAAAAUAACAAACCGAAUAUUGCAGUCAGUAAAAAUAGACUUCUUAUGAGUCCAGUGGACUACUCCCUGAACUAUCGGCUGAAGACAUACAAAAAUGACAAAGAUGAGGAUGAAGAUGUUCAUGUUGUGGAGGCUGAGAAAAUACAGGAAUCACGUGCCCCCAGGAAUCUGCAGGAGUCUGUGGAGGAGGAGGCCCCCCAGGAGUCCUGGGAUGAAGGUAAUUCGACUCUCUCAAUUCCUCCUGGCACAUCUGCCUUCAAUGAGUCUUACAGGAGCAACUUGCACUCAUUAGAGGAGCAGGAGGUCAACUUGGCUGUCGACAUAGGCAAGAUUAAAAAGGACCAAGAAGAGGAAGAAGACCGAGGUCCACUGUGCCCCAGGCUCAGCAUGGAGCUAGUGGAAGCAGAAGAGCCUGAAGUCUUCUGGUACUCACAGAAUAUAUUAUGUUCAACAUAUACAGCGUAUCUUGAGUUUUAUUACACAUGCCAGGCUUACACAUAUGCCAUUUUUUUAUUUGUAGAAGAGCAUGUUCGCUUGACUUUGGACAUGGACAAUAGGUUUCUUACUAUGAUGGUGAUAAGACUCCACCUCGUCUCCUGGAUAGGGGUCAUAUUCCCACACUAAGGCAACAUUUCACAUGGGACGCUGCCAGUGCAGAGUAUGAACAACGCCAUGUUCUUGCUGAAAACGCUUAGCCUGAGUUUCAUAGCCUGAGGUAAUCUCCAGACAACUUCAGAAUGUAGAACAGUGAGCAGCACUACUGACCUGUCUCCUUCAGACAGCCCAUGUCACCACAAAUCACACAACUAAAAGGAGAAGAGACAUUUUGGAUUGAAAAAGAGUAAAAGAUAAUGUAGCCACAUUUCUUUAGUUCUUUUGAACCCAAAGUGUCUCCUCAUCUUUUUGUUGUUGUCGUUGAUGGUGGUUACAUGGGCUUGUUUGUAGAGGACAGAUCAGCUGUCUGGCUCAAUGGUCUGUACUCUGAAGUUGUCUGAAAAUGUCCUCAUGAUUAAAUUCAGCUUAAAUGUUUUUCCGGGAACACUGCAACGUCAAUGCUACCUCACCCAUCUGCAGGUAGAGACGGUCCCAUGUGUCUACCAUCAUGAUCGUGAUACCAGGACUGUUCCACCAUCUGUCUGUCACCAUGAUCGUGAUACCAGGACUAUUCCACCAUUUGUCUAUCACCAUGAUCGUGAUACCAGGACUGUUCCACCAUUUGUCUAUCACCAUGAUUGUGAUGCC